UCAUAUUAGUGCAUCCACAAAUAGUAUCCAAAUAUCCAAAGAGACCUGACAGCAGACUACUUGUAUGUAAUCGUUAAGAUUGAAAAAAUAUAUCUAAAGAGAACGCCCAACCAUUUCCAUCUUACUGAAAGCCCUUUCCUCCAUGCUGAAACUCACUCAGCCUGCAUGACGCUGUCCCUGACUACGACACAUCUACAGGCAUUCCGACUAAUCAUAACUCAGAAUUGGAGGAAUACCGCUCACCUCCCCACAAUGCAGCUCAACCUCUGCAGCCACCUGCAGCACCGAGGUAGCCAUCACUGCCAAUGCAUGUCGCUGACCACGACGCACGGAUGUCCAUAUUUCUGCCUGGCUUUUGCCUGGGUUACGGUCCCCUUGGCUUUGGCGACGAGAUCAAUAUUGCGUAUGCAACUCGAAAAUACCCCAAUUGUGUUCCUUGCAAUGAGACAUUGUGAGUUGCGAGAGUUCAAUUCAGGAUAAAUAAUAGAUAAAACUGGGGAAGAAGGCAAAGUGAAAAGAGAAAGAAAGUAAAAAGGGAACCGGGAACCAUCAAGCAAAAAGAAAAGCCGAACGCGGGGGUCGAACCCGCAACCUUGAGAUGCCGUGACGACUAAGAGUCUCACGCUCUACCGAUUGAGCUAGCCCGGCUAUUUGUUGAGUAACAAACUUAACUAAAUGUAAAAUAAGAGGAAAAGAGAGCUUAGAGUCCUGAAAAAGGAUCAACAUACGGCUAGCUACUACUACUACUACUACUUUUUUAUACAUCGAGUCUGCGCCUACUAGACCACGCUACUGUCG